AUGACAGCAACAUUGGGAAUCUCACUCGAGCCCAUCGCAACCGUCGCGCCGCAGCUCGAGGCCCUCGAGGCCGAAAAGGGCGCAUCGGGCCAGCUAGUCCGGCAGACGAGGCAGAUCACGACCAAAGUGCUCGCGCAGCGGAUUAUCGGGAAUGCGUUUAAUUUCCUGGCCAGCUUUGCCUCGAGUGACCAGGAUGCGGUGCCGUUGAAGGCUUUCCGGGAUUGGUGGUCGAAGUUUGAGAGGAAGGUGGAGAUGGAUCCGUCGUUUUUGGAGAGGGAGGAUCCGAGUGCCAGUGGGUGA